AUGAUUUAUGUACAGAUGCUGGAUAAAAAAUAUGGAAGACUGACACAAAGAAAGAUCUAGAGACAAGAAAAAUAGUUGUCCGUGGGAGUCUGGGUACUAACCGCCAUUUUCAAAGUUCCAACACCAACCAAACAAGCAUUCUUACUCCCCACUAUUAUCCGUCAGAAUGGAUUCAACUGAAUACUCUUUUGAGAUGAAUAUGGAGAAGAAGCGCCUCGAAACUUUCAAGGAUUGGCCUUUUAACCAUAUGGACUGCAAAUGUACGGCAGAAAAGAUGGCUGCGGCUGGCUUCUAUCACUGUGAGACAGAUGAUGAUCCCGAUGUAGCAAGGUGCUUUGUAUGCUUCAAGGAGCUCGAUGGCUGGGAACCCGAAGAUGAUCCGUGGCAGGAGCACAAGAAACACUCGCCUAAAUGUGAGUUUGUCAAACUGAACAAAUCCUCAAAUGAAAUAACAGUGCAGCAAUUUCUUGAGCUUGAAGCAAAUCGUCAAGCUAACCGAAUGAGAAAAUAUGUUGAUGCAAAUCUAAAGGAUUUUGAGCACAUGCGUGACCAAGCAAGAGAAGAAAUGAUGAAACUUGUUCCUGAGCCCUGAAAGUUUUUUUUUUGUAAAUAUAAUAAUAGACAUAAUAGACAUAUGAUCUUUCCGUCUUUAACACUCUUUGUUAAUGUAUCAUUUACUUGUGUAAAAUAAACUUUGAAUAUAACAGAA